AGGAUUCCAUCAUGUUCUCCCGCGUGAUGGAGACUUCCGUAACUGUGUUCUUGUUUUUCAUGGUGACGUUGGGUCAAGAGUCUGAUUCUUUUUCAAGUUCUUCGUCGGAUCGAGUUCCAACCGCGGUGAGAGCUCCGAAGAGACUUGGAAGCGCUGCCUACGAAUCACUGGCGAAAAUGAAUGAUCUUCAAGUAUUCACUGCACUGCUCGCACCAUUGAUGGUGCGAAGAGUUCCUUCAACCCCUCGUCAUACCCAGGUCAAAGAAUUCAUCAUCAACAAGCUUGAAAGUUCGGGUUUCACCGUUUCGACGCAAGACUUCACUGCUCGAGUUCCCGUCAUGGACAACUUCAUUCGUGGACAGGAAAUGCCGUUUAGCAAUGUUAUUGCGACUUUCCACCCGUCAGCACCUAAAAAGCUGGUUUUUGCCUGUCAUUAUGAUUCCAAGUACUUCAACGAAAGAAGCAAUUUCAUCGGUGCAAUCGAUUCAGCGGUUCCGUGCGCUAUGCUGCUUGACAUGGCUCGCACAUUGUCGAAGUCCCUAUCGUCGCAGAGAAAUCCGGAAGUAACGUUGCAGCUGAUUUUCUUCGAUGGAGAGGAAGCUUUCAAGGACUGGUCCCCGACGGACUCUUUGUAUGGUUCUCGGGCAUUAGCAGAGCAUUGGGAUCGUACGGGAGAACUUCGUUCAAUCGAAUUGUUUGUGUUACUUGAUUUACUGGGAGGGGAAAUCGGAGAAUGCCAGUCAGGAUUUUUCCGACAAUGUCCCGAACUUGCGUCGUAUAUGAGAGUGUCUCAACCCGUUUAUGAUCGCAUAGUUGCCAUUGAGGAAUCAUUGGGUCGUCGAAAUUUGCUUCAAAAUCAUCAAGGUCUGAAAAGAUACUUCCAAAAGUCCCAGAAGUAUCACGUUCAAAUAGAAGAUGAUCACUUGCCGUUCAUGCGAAGAGGAGUUCCGAUUUUGCACUUGAUCUGCCUCGCCUUGGAGGACGCGCAAAUUUUGAGAUAUGAUUUUCUGCUGAGCUUGUCCGAGAUAUACCCAUUUGAAGAUUCCUGUGUGCUCAGCUCUGAGGCUGUCCGUAGUGUUUCGAACUUGUUGAUGCACAAACGCGUUGUAUCUGGUGUCGGCGGCGAAAACAUUAUGGCCGACGUUUUGAAGUCAGCUUGGGGAUAUUUCUCCACUAAUUCGCCGCCCGAUUCGAGGCCCGUCACGAAUGAGAUGGUGGGCAAAAUCCUACGCGUCAACAGCAGACAAGUGAAAGUGAAACGUCUUCUAGCUGAAGGGGGAUUCGGCUUCGUUUUUGCUGUGGACGAUGGACAAUCUGGCAAAGAAUUGGCUCUCAAACGACUCAUCGCCUGCGAUCAUGAGAAGAAAGCUGCAGCCUUGGCGGAAAUCAGUGUCCUCAGAAAACUUCAAGGACACGAAAACAUUAUGGCUUUACUGGAUGUUGGACAGAACGAUUCUCCUCAGCGGAUAGAAUUCCUUAUCCUCACGGAACUUUGUCCCUUCGGUCUUCUUGAUAUACUACGGUCACCUACUGUUCUGAAAGUUGACGAAAUCACUAGGAUAUUUUAUCAGAUUUGCAAAGCUGUCAAGCACAUGCAUUCUCAGUCGCCACCGAUUAUUCAUCGCGAUUUGAAGGUGGAAAACAUACUUUUUUCAGAAGAUGGUUGGGUUCGACUCUGUGAUUUUGGUAGCGCCACUACAAAAACUUACUUGCCAGACUCGUCUUGGUCAGCAAGCGAUCGCACGAGAGCAGAAGAGGAGAUUGCUGAACAAACGACACCGAUGUACCGCGCACCUGAAAUGCUAGACCUGUGGAACAAUUACCCGGUGAACCAGGCCUCUGACGUAUGGGCUCUGGGCUGUGUCUUGUAUACAAUGUGCUUUAAGACACAUCCUUUCGAAGAUUCGGCUAAACUUCGGAUCAUCAACGCGAAUUACUCUCUGCCAGCCGGGGAUUCACGGUUCAUUGUUUUCUACGAUUUGUUGAAAGGAACAUUCCAAGUGGAUCCCAGGACUAGACCGACUACUUACGAAUGUUUGGAGCGUUUGGCUGAGAUUGCUGAAGCUAAAGAUGUUGAUUUAAAGCGGCCGCUGACAGGCUUCAAACCAAGUACCGCUCCUUCACCUGUUAUGAAUGAGCCAGCUAAUUCACUAUCGAGGAAUGGUAGCGCGGUGCCUGCAAGUGGUCCUCCGCCCCAAAGACCUCCACCUGUGGUGCCGCCGCAUUCUUCCCCACAUAUGCGACAAGAAGAUAUGGGCAGUAGUCGCUUUUUGACUUCUCUGAAAGGAGGAGCCGGAUCCUUGUUCAAGAAAUUGCAAGAUACCUCGUCGAGAGUCAUGCAAACGGUUCAGCAGUCAAUCGUUGGAUUAGAAGUAGACGUGUCUUACAUUACCAAUCGAUUGGUGGUCAUGUCUUACCCCGCGGAGGGGCUGGAAUCUGCGUCCGCUGAUAGAAACCACGUGGAAGAUGUGAGGAAUUUAUUGGACGCACGUCACGGACCUCAUUACGCUGUCUACAACAUUUCCGGUCGGAGUUACGCAUCGUCCAAAUUUCCUGCGAAGGUCUACGAUUGUGGCUGGACCCCGGGACGAGUGCCUUCGUUGUCGCAGCUGUUUUCGCUUUGUGAGAGCAUGUUUAGCUAUUUGUCCCAGGAUCCCAAACAUACCUGUGUCAUUCAUUGCUUGGAUGGAAAGGCUGCAUCCGCAGUUGCCGUUGCUGCACUGAUGAUGUAUGUACAUUGCAUCGGCAAUCCCGGUGAUGGACUUUCCGUGUUUGCUGUCAAACGUCACCCAGUGACUAUCACUCCGUCGCAAGCGAGGUACUUGCAGUACGUUAACGGUAUAGUGAAGAAUAAUGUGAUGCCUCAUCGUCACCUCGUGACUAUUCGUCAGAUAUGCCUUCAGCCAAUUCCCCUUUUCACCAAGAUGCGCGAUGGACUGAGACCGUACCUGGAAAUUUGGCGGGGGGAAGAGCUGCUCUUGUCAACUUCGUCUGAGUACGAUCGGAUACGACUGUAUCAUCACAGCGAGGGUCAAGUGGUGCUCAACGCAAAUGUUACUACGCACGGGGACAUCGCGGUGAUUGUGUAUCACGCCAGGAGCACCCUGGGCAGCAAAAUUCAGGGUACCGGUAAACCUGCCGGCAUCAAAGUUGCCCAGGUUCAGUUUUACACGGGGUUCCUGAGUCCCGAUCAAACCGUUCUCGAGUUCCGUCGGAAUGAUUUGGACGAUGCGACGGAGGUGGAUCGGUACGUCGGUGACUUCAGCUUCCGGAUUUCCGUGACGGUAUUGUCUCAGAGCGAUCACCAAGCCAAAUUGUGCCAGUGGGAAGUUCCUCAACCCGUGCACCAGAGAACGGCGGCCAACGUGCUGUUCACUUCUCCUCUGGAGAUGGAAGAGUUCAUGGAACACUUCGGAAACAAGGUGCCAACGAAAGAUGAAAAGAAGUCGCCGGUUCCUCAAAGACCGCCCAGACCAGCCGCGUCAUCCCCGAAACCGCCGCCAAAGCGACCGCAACCCCCAGCUGUGACUGCAGAUUUGCUGAAUCUGGAUAAACCCGCCGCACCGGUUGUCGAACAGAGUGCACCGCAAAUAAGUGUCGAUUCUGGCACGGAAGACUUGCUUGGGCUGGGACAGACAAAUGUAGGGCCUGACGUGAAUCCGAGUCCUGCUGGGAAUAUGAAUAAUCUUUUCGAUCCGCUCAUUUCAACAGAGCCGAGCUUGAAUCAUUCUGCGAGUGUUGGAGCCAUGAAGACAGAAGAGGUGCCAGAUCUUUUGGGGAACUGGGAUUCGUUGGCUAGUCAGUUACCAAGUACAAGCGCUACUCAGUUUGUGGACGACUCCUUACUUAAGAAGCCAGGAGGAAUGUCCUGGGGUUUAGGAGAUCAAACGCAACCAUCGACCACCCCGAAACCAUCCCCUGUGCAUCAAAGCAAGCCUAGCACUGGUUGGGCUCCUGGCCCGACUGGCGGAAAUCUUUAUCCUAAUUUCGGAAGUGGGCCGUCACUCUUCAGUCCUGGAGGUACUCCGAUGCACCAGGCAACGAAGUCGAGUGGCGUGAAACCGAAAUUAACAGAUGACGCUUUUGGGGACUUGUUGGGAAGUCAGGGUUUUGACUUCGCCCCAAAGAAGGACAGCGGACCUACGACAAUUAAUCAAAUGAGAAGAGAAAUGGCUUCUAGGGAUUGGAAUCCAGACCAGCUGAAGGUAAGAGAAUGGACGGAGGGGAAGCAGAGGAACAUCAGGGCCCUGUUGUGCAGCUUACAUACUGUGCUCUGGGAUGGAACUAGGUGGCAAGAAAUUGGUAUGCAUCAACUUGUAACGCCUGCGGAAGUGAAGAAGUUUUAUCGGAAAGCUUGCCUUGCUGUUCAUCCGGACAAGAAACGGUCUUGCCCGUCUUCACCGUCACCAUCCCUGGCCCCGGGCCUCUGUGGUGUUCCUGAUGUCCCCCACGCCGCAGAUGUUGUACGACUGUCCACUUCGGGCGGUUGCACGGGGGGCAGCGGUGUGGGGUCUCUAAAAGAGCCUUCUGUGGUGACGAAAGAGUUGUCGUAUUUGCUAGCAUGUUGCGAAGUCGCGGAGAAGCAUGGUCAAGCUGUGAGGAUAACUUUCAGGAUGGAGUUGACCGAAGCAACUACAGCAUUGUGGGAAACUGUUUUAUGGGAGAGACGCUUGUACGUUGCGCUUGAUGGAACAUGCGGAAAGUUGCCGCAAGCUUCGAAAGAAGGAUUCGUUUCCCUUCUGGAAUACGCUGAGGAAGAUUUGAAGUGCUCACAUGUCAUCGUGUGCAUCCAGAAAUCUUCUUCGACCAGAUCUGCGCUGAUGAAAACAUUCAUGUUUUUGGGGUUUUCGCCCUUGCCACCAACGAACAAGCUGACGCCCAAGAUCCCUGACAGAAUUUUCAUGGUGUACACAUUCAAGUAAAAGAACUGGUCUCAGCCCGACGUGCAGGAUUCAUUCGUGAAGCCUCGUGGCUGAUGUCACACGCAUCUAGUAUGUGUGUGUGAAUCUUCGUCGGUGCUAAACGAGUUUUUUGCUAGUUUGUGAAGAAUAUGGUUGUUCUGGAAACAAAGAAAGAAAUUCAACAGUUUUUUCGUGCAUGCUAGCAGAUAUUCGAUCAAGCUUACGUAACUACUCUUGAAAGUAUACUCACUGUUCUAAUCGAAAUCUUAAGCCCUUUUUUCGUAUCGUUUUAGGCCAUUUUGCAGGUUCCUUUUCCAUGAGGGUCGUUUUGUCAAUGCAUUUUUUGUGCCAUUAUUCACCACCUGUGCAUCGUAUUCACCGGGAUGCAGUCUCUUUCGAAGAAAUGUGUCUCUCUUGUGCGUGAUUCCUUCUGCGGUUUGACCUUAAAGAUCCGGGCUGCUUACGUGCUGUGGUUUUAGUGUCGUGAAAAGUAAGAAGUAAGAAUUCGAACAGGCUGAGAUUUUCAAGAUUUCCUCAGAGCAGAGGCUUUUUUUCUGAUGCCCAAAUAGCCACUUUAUUUUUGCGUCUCGCUUUAAGAAAUAUUACGAAUAUUUGGAUGCGUUAUUGGGCCUGCGCAAUUUGAUCUGGAUUGUCUUCACUCGCAUUUUGUUCUAUUCUGUUCGGGUGCAGGUUUUGAAAUAGAUUUUCGAUUAUUGCAUGAA